GGUUCCGGGUCGGGCCGCGCCGCAGCCCGCGCUCGGCUCGCAGCCGCAGCGCUCCGCCCCCGCGCUCCGGACCUGGCAGGCGGCGGCCGCGGGGCCGUUCCCGGGGCCACAUGGCUGAGGGGGACGCAGGGAGCGACCAGAGGCAGAAUGAGGAAAUCGAAGCAAUGGCAGCCAUUUAUGGAGAGGAGUGGUGUGUCAUUGAUGACUGUGCCAAAAUAUUUUGUAUUAGAAUUAGCGAUGAUAUAGAUGACCCCAAAUGGACACUUUGCUUGCAGGUGAUGCUACCGGAUGAAUACCCAGGCACAGCUCCACCUAUUUAUCAGUUGAAUGCUCCUUGGCUUAAAGGGCAAGAACGUGCGGAUUUAUCGAAUAGCCUUGAGGAAAUAUAUAUACAGAAUAUUGGUGAAAGUAUUCUUUACCUGUGGGUGGAGAAAAUAAGAGAUGUUCUAAUACAAAAAUCUCAGUUAACAGAACCAGGCCCUGAUGUAAAGAAGAAAACUGAAGAGGAAGAUGUUGAAUGUGAAGAUGAUGUCAUUUUAGCAAGCCAGCCAGAAAAUCCAGUUAAAGCAUUGGAUUUUGAUACCAGUGAGAAUCGAACAGAAAUAGAAGAAUUACCUCCAAUUGAUCACGGCAUUCCUAUUACAGACAGAAGAAGUACUUUUCAGGCACACUUGGCUCCAGUAGUUUGUCCCAAACAGGUGAAAAUGGUUCUUUCCAAAUUGUAUGAGAAUAAGAAAAUAGCUAGUGCCACCCACAACAUCUAUGCUUACAGAAUAUAUUGUGAGGAUAAACAGACCUUCUUGCAGGACUGUGAGGAUGAUGGGGAAACAGCAGCUGGAGGACGUCUUCUUCAUCUUAUGGAGAUUUUGAAUGUGAGGAAUGUCAUGGUGGUGGUAUCACGCUGGUAUGGAGGGAUUCUGCUGGGACCAGAUCGCUUUAAACAUAUCAACAACUGUGCCAGAAACAUACUAGUGGAGAAGAACUACACAAAUUCACCUGAGGAAUCAUCUAAGGCUUUGGGAAAGAACAAAAAAGUAAGAAAAGACAAGAAGAGGAGUGAACACUAAUACAUGAAACUGUAUGAAAGGUUAAUUUGCCUAUAAUUAUAUACAUAUUCCAUAGUCAUCAAGGAAUAUGCAAAGAGAGUAUCCUUGACUGCUCAAGUCAGCCAGUUCAGCGUGGACACCAACAUUAUCUUUUCUUCUUUGGUUAUAUCAUCUGCCAAAAAUAGAGAACUUAUGAUAUAUUCAUGUGUGUUUCAGCUUAUUUGGGAGAACUAAUUUGAAUUUAAUCACCACUUCAUCUAAUUUUAGGAAGGUAACAGUUGCCCAGGGCAGUAUCUGAAUUAACUGUCCAUUUCAGUACAUGUCAAGUGCCUUUGUUAGGUGGGGAAGAAAUGUCUCUAGAGGAAUAUAAAUACCUGGUUUCUUGUCAUCGAGAUUCUUGUACUGUUAAACGAAUAUUGCCUUUUACUGCUCUUUAUGGCUUAUUGAAAUAGGAGCUCAUUUAAGAUUGAUCUUGGAAAGUUUCUUCUUGUGAUUUUAGUUCAUAAGUAUGUCACCUUUCAUUUUAUAGUGUUCAUCAUUGAGUAAUGGAUUAAGUGAAAAUCCAGGAGUAUCCAUCUGCAGUUAUGUGCUAAGGUGAUAAUGCAUCUAACAUAUUUGUUAGUGUAAGUGUUAUGCUUCAAUUUCUGUCAUAAAUUGGUGAUUGUGAAAUUUCAAAAAGUGAUUUUCUAGUCUCUGCCUUUUUUGUUUAAUUCUUGUAGUGUAAAGCAAUAAAUAUGGAGUGUCAGUAGUCUCCUUUCAUCCCAGAAUUGUGUUUGUGUAAUAUUCUGGUUUCUUUUAACAACCUGGAAUUACCUUUCUUGUGAUCUUUAUUGAGGAAUUAGAACUAUGCUAGAAGCUAUACUGUGGUUAAUGGGACAUUUAUAGAAUGGGAUAGAGGGGGCAGAACGACACUAGGGCAGGAGUAUGUUGUAUAGUUACAUGAAUUUGAUGCACACUUCCCAUCUGUGCUCCAGCCAGCUUUCUCAAUUUCAUGAUUUUGUGGAAAGAAGGAGCAAACUUUUGAUGGGAAAAACAAAGAAAAUCUCUUUUUUCCUCAUUCUUAUCAAAUCUUCCUUUUUAUCAGUGCUUUAUGUUACUUUCAUCUGCAAGUUACCCCUGGGCAAACGUUUAGACAAUAAAUUUACCUUUGAGAUAUAGCGAUAAGUCAUUGACUAUUCCCUUUCAGAUAUGAUUGCGAAUAGUUGUUAAAAGUUGAUUACAGAUUUGCUUGAACUUCCCUUCCUAAGGGGAGGGAAGAGAAACUAGAAGGCAACUUUGGGAUGGCACUAGAGCAUGGAAAGCAUCAGAGAAUUAAACAGACAAAUAUUUUUCCCUUUCUCUGAUACUUUAUCUUUAAAAGAUUUAACAUCCUCACUUGGUAUGAAUCUAGUAAAAUAGCUUUACACGAGGAUGGAUUCUGACAUAUAAAAUAUAAAUUAUAUUUGUUAUAACUGUAUUUAAUAUUGUGAGUUACCAAGAGUCAUCAGAGAAUGACCUCUUAUAUUUGGAACACUAAUCUCAUUUGCAUGAAAAGUAUGUCCUGUGUAUUAAUCAUUAAAAUAAUUAAAGAAGUUAAAGACCAUUGAUCAACAUUAAGGUAAUCUCACAGUUUUGGCAUGUCAAACCUAUGAAAGGAGGCAGGAAACAGUAAGAAACUUAUUUUUGCUUCUUUCUACAGAAUUAUUAACCAUAUUUUACUGACUAAAAAAAAACCUAAUAUUUUUUACCCAAAGUCAGUUAGCUGGUAAGAGGGAAAGAUCCAGAAUUCUCCAAAUCUGAACUCUGAGUUAUUACACACUCCACUGUUAAUGAAAACUCCAAUGAUAGUAUUUUUCCUUCUGUUUAAAAUUUCUCUCAAUUAGAGGAUUUUCCAAUUCUCUAAAUAAUAAUUUUCUAUAACCAGAUCUAUGCUGUGGCAUAUUUUAUAGUAUAUUAGUUAAAAAUAUUCUCCACAUGCCAGUAUAUAAGAGCAAGUAGCAUCUACUUUUUAAAUGGGAAUAGCAGUAGCUGCAUCAAAAGUAUGCUUUGGAGGUAUAUAUCGUGAAACAGAGCCUAUUUGAAGAGAAGUAUAUCAAACUAAUUACGACUAAGACAGAAUGGCAUGAAGAAGAUAAUGUUUGGAGGGCAGGGAAAUUUACUGGAAAAGUUACAUAAUCACCUCUGAUUCCACUGUCCAGAGAUAACCAUUGUUAAUAUUUGGUAUUUACAUCCUUUUAUUAUUUUUUCUUAUACAUGAUUUUGUAUAUAUGGCUAUUUUUCUUUCCAUAAAAAUAGUAUUAAACUGUAUAUACUGUUUUGUAUCCUGCAUAUUUCAUAUAGAAGUAUAUUGUUAACAUUUUCCCAUGUCAAUAAAAAUAUUCUUCUAUGGCU